UUAUUCAUUUAUUUUUUUAUCUAAUAAUUAGUCUAUUUAUCUACCUAUCUAUCUACCUAUCUACCUAUCUAUCUACCUAUCUACCUAUCUGUCUACCUAUCUACCUAUCUGUCUACCUAUCUACCUAUCUAUCCAGCUAUCUACUUAUUUAUCUUCUUGCUCAAGAUGUUGUCAGUCUUGGAAAAAGGUGGAGAAUCUUAAUGAAUCGAUGCGACAGACUUCGUCAGAUGUGCUUAGCGUUCCUUGAUUACACUAUCAUUCAGCAGUCUUAA